AUGGCAGCCAGGUUUCAGGUGCCGACUGUCGGGCUCUCCGCCAGUGACUCCCUGUUGGAGAGCAUCCGGGAGUCAUGCUACAACCAGGCAUCGCGGCUGAUGCACUACAUCCUAGACUUGAAGGACCGGGUGGACCUAGGCCGUUAUGUGGGCUUCGGCGGCUACUACCAGAUGUCCGCUACCAUCGCCCUGCUUCUUAUCGGCGGUGGAAUCGUUUCGUGGAGGCUCCUGAAUUAUGGCCCUGAUGGACGGCGCAUCCUUAACUCGAGGACCAUAUCCGUACGCCCCCGAAAACCACGGGAACGGGAUGAUGCAGCAUGGGCUUACGCUACAUCACUCUUAAGAAGGGCUUCAUUUCAACGCCAAGAUGAUAAUGCGUUGCUGAACAUCCUAGGUGAUAUAGCAUUUUCAGACCCUGGGAUACUGAAGAAGCACUCCUCUUACCAUUCAUAUACCACUUCAGUGUGCACUUAUCCCAAAAUCCGCACAUUCUACUACCCCCAUCCUCAUACAGAGAAGUUCCCCACGAAACCCAAGGUCCUCCCCUUGCUGGUAUUUAUCCACGGGCUAGGGGGCUGUUUAGCCCAAUUUAACCAUCUAUUGCACAGCAUGAUAACUGUGGGCCCGUGUUUUGGCAUCGAUCUCCCUGGCUGCGGUUUGUCGACGUUUGCUCCACGGAAAUGGUCGGCCUACUCCAUUGAAGCCCUGACCGAGCUCGUGGCCAAUGCAAUUGAAAAGCACAGAGACGCUUCUCGCAACCAAGAUGUUAUUAUCGUUGCACAUAGCAUGGGCUGUUCCAUCGCGGCCCUUAUGGCAUCUUCUGAAUCUGAAUCCAUGGUUGAAGUGAAAAAGCACAUAGCUGGGAUAGUUGCCAUUUGCCCCGUUUCCGAGCCUCCUUCCAAGGAGUCGGUGAAUCUGUUCAAAAGAAUUCUAUACCUCCCCGACUUCAUAUUUAACGUGUGGCGCUGGUGGGACCGUAUUGGAGGACGUGAUAGUCCAAGCGUCCGAAGACUUGUCAGUCACCCAGCUGCCCCGGAAACCCUUGAUCUCCAAUAUCGUUAUAAUCUACUGAGCCGCACCCCAGUAUGGAGGCGGAUGGCAUGGGGCUCUCUUCCAAGAUACGGUAAGCUCGGUCAGCCAAUCAGUGGCAUUCCUGGGAUGGAUACGUGGGAAUCAAUACAUAUACCCCUCUUCUUUGUUGCAGGAGAAUCAGACGGGGUCACAAAGCCGAAGGAGGUUGCAACGCUGCUGCGUUACUUUAUACUAGCUAGACCGGCUGCUGGUGAUGAUGGUGGUGAAGCGAGUGCCAGAGCGAUGAGUAACGACCUGCCCACUGGAAUACUGCUCCAUAAUUUCGUGCAGGUGCCCGAAACAGCAAUUGACCGGCGAAUCCAUCAUGAGGGUGCAACCUGGCUUGCUAAUCCAGAUGGAACUCAGGUCCUGGACGCCUACGUGUUUCCAGCACCAGCCUCUCACUCCUUGCUGUUUGACCUGAACACCUACCGGACAUUGUCAGGCCUUAUCCAAUCUUUUGUAGCAGCCAACAUCGAUCUUCGUCUAUCCGCUGGGUGGCAGCUGCAACAUCUAAGUACGUCUGGAAAAUGGGAUGUGAAGAAUCUCGCCAAAUGGCAGGCUGUGACUCCCGUAUCGGAGCCCUUAGGGCAUACCUUUGUUGCCAUGAAGACGUUGCGUGGGGUAGACACCCACCACUCUCCAGAGGCAUUCAUCAAGGACUGGGGUGGCAAGAUAUACGCUGUUAUUGAUAUCAGCCAUGAGAGCCCGGUAUACGACCCCACACAGCUAGAGUUGGGUGGCAUCAAAUAUUUCAAACUCCCUACCGUCUCGAAGAUCCCACCGUCUACAGACGAGGUCCGAGAAUUCAUGAAGAUAGUCAGGAAGUUGAGGGAGGAGAUGGUAAUGAAAUUCAGGCCGAUAAGCGGGCCAGCUAGUCUUCCCAAGAUCGCUGUCCAUUGCCAUUAUGGCUUUAACCGAACAGGCUUCUUCAUCGUUUCGUGGUUGAUCGAGGAGGAGGCGUAUCUGAUCUCACAGGCUCUCGAGGAGUUUGAGAGGGUCCGUCCGCCAGGGAUACGCCAUGAACACUUUAUAGACGCCUUGCAUGCGCGUUACCAUCUGCUCGAUCAUACGCGUCGAAAUUCUCAGCAGCACUCCCGUGUUGCAGCAAGGAGAGACUACUAG